AUGCGCCCCUCUCGCAAUCCCUUUCUGUUGCUCCUCGUCCUCCUUAUUUCCCCUAUCUCCGUCUCUGCGGUCGCUUCGUGUUUCAAAGUCGUCUCCGCGCUCGUCGGCCGACCGACUCAUCUCUUCAACAAGUUCCAGAGCGAGAUUUGUGAUCAGGGAUGCAAACCAACAGUUCCACACUGGGAUCUAUGGACUCGGAACAACACAUUCGUUCCCGCCGUGCGCAGCCUGAUACAGCGCAUGAAUGUCCCGCACAAAGAAGAGGCGCUACUGAAGAUGGGCGAUGACGUGGCGGUCACUAUCAAGCAAAACUGCGGUCCUAUGUUGAACGGAGGUCUACAUAUCUGCUCUGACCCAGAGAUUCUGGCUGGCUUUGGCAACUGCUUCAAGCGCAAUUUCCUCAAGGCAUCCAUCAAGCACUUGCCUGUGUUGAUUCCAAUGGCCUCUGAUGCCUCGUGCAAAGAGCAGCUUACGUUUUUGGAGAGUGAUCAGCUCUGGGAAGAGACUAUUCCUGGCAAUAUGAGAGACUAUGCUGCUGUUUGCGAUCAAUUGGGGCCAUUUGACCAUGAUGAGCUGUGA